GGUCGCCCGGACGGUCUGGCUGCUGCUGCUGCUGCGUUCGCCGCUGCCGCCGGCCGGGAGGGUCGGGAGAGGCGGCGCCUACGCUCGCGGCGGGCGCGGCGCCAGGGCGGGUCCUCGGCCCGCCUUCGGUCUGGAGGCCGCGCCGGACCAGCUAGGCGGGCCCCGGUGAACCCUGCUUGUCGGGCUUUUGUGCCCCGGGCGGGAACCGCGAGCGUACGGCCGGGCCGGGCCGAGCGCUCCCCGUGAAGCGCGCGCGAGCUUGCUCAGUCGUCCUUGAAGAGCGGCGGCGCCGGCCCGCGAGGUGGGAGGCCUGUGGCUCGCAGGACGGGCGUUGCAGACAGCGGUGCAGAAUACUCAGUGUUCCGCCUCGGCGUUUGGGCGCAGAUCUCGGGUCUCCCGGAGCCCAGUGGGUGUCCCAGUGCUUUGUAGACGCUCCCAGGAAGUCGCGAAGCCCUGCCAGUUGGCGUUGGUACACUCAGAGGUUGCAUAAAGACCUAGAACCUGGGGAAUGGGAGGAGGACGGGGUCUGGGCUCCAAAUUCGGCUUUCCGUUGGCCUCUGCACCAGGAGAAAGAGGCUUGGGCCUGGCAGGUCUUUCAGGUGGUUUUUUUUGGUUUUUAAGCUAAGAUUUAUGUGACAUGAAAUUAACCAUAUUAGCGUACAAAUCAGUGGUUUUGUUGUACGUUGAGAACGUUAUGCGGUCCUCACCACUAUAUAACUCCAGAACAUUUUCAUCGCCCCCUCGCAAAAAAAAAAAAAAAAAAAAAUCCAACCGUGAACCUAUUAAGCGGCCACUUCCCGUUCCUCUCUCCCUCUCAGCUCCAGGCAACCAUUUACAUACGAAGGUUGUAGGUAGAUUUUACGUUAAUUUUUGUUAAGUCAACAGAAAGUUACCUCUCUUGGGAACCAGAGACAAAUUUCCGCUGUCUCCUCCUGGACUGUUCCCUUUUUCAGCUUAUUCAAGUCACCCUUCAUUUCUUUUCAGGAAUUCUGUUAUGUUUUGACACGUACAUUCUAUUUUCUUAUAAUGCUCCCUAGGAGUCUUUUGUUGCUUCUGUAGUUGUGUUCUCUUUAUUCCCACAGGAUCGUCUGUGAGAAAGAACCACUUUUGUCUUUUUCCACUUUUGUGACUAGGUGGGUAUUGGAGCUGCUUUCUGUAAUCACCCAGAUCCACUGCUCCUGGGCAAGUGCCUGGUGGAUUAAUCCUGCAGGAUGGCUGCCAUCAACCCUUGGGCCUCCUGGGGUUUCCUUACGGACCAGUCCUGGGGGAUGGCAGCUGUUGACCCGUGGGCUUCCUGGGCUCUGUGUCCUCAGGACGCUGCCUGGCGCAUGGAGGAGACCCCUGAGGAGAGGAGGAGGGCCCCCGGGUUCCCGACAGCCCAGGCCCAGGAAACUGUGACCUUUAAGGACGUGGCUGUGGACUUCACCCAGGAGGAGUGGGGGCAGCUGGACCCUGUUCAGAGAACCCUGUACCGUGACGUGAUGCUGGAGACCUAUGGGCACCUGCUCUCUGUGGGGAAUCAGAUCGCCAAGCCCGAGGUCAUCUCCCUGCUGGAGCAAGGAGAAGAGCCGUGGUCCAUGGACCGGGUGUAUCCCCCUCAACGCACCUGUCCAGAGUGGAUGAGAAAUCUUGAAAGCAAAGCAUUGAUCCCAACACAGAGCAUUUUUGAGGAGGAACGGUCCCAUAGCCUGAAGCUGGAGAGACACAUAUGGGAUGACCCCUGGCUCUCCAGGUUAGAAGUUCUGGGAUGUAAGGACCAGUUAGGAAUGUGUCACAUGAACCGGAGUACAGCUGUGAGGCAGACGGUCUUCAUGCAGAAGCAAGUGCUGUCUCAGAGAAGCUCUGAGUUCUGUGAACUUGGGGCUGGGUGUAGCCAGAGCUUAAACAUUGUUCCAUCUCAGAAAGUUUCUCAAGUAGAACAUUUCUAUAAGCCUGAUACAAAUGCUGGAAGUUGGAGAUGUAACUCAGCCAUAAUGUUCACAGAUAAGAUUACCUGUGAAAACAGUGAGUGUGACGGAGCCUUCUGCCAGUCCGUGCAGCCUGCUCACCCUGCAGGGCUGCACGCUGGAGACAGCCAUCUCACGUGUACGGAUGCCGUUAAAUCUUUGAAUCAUAUACUGCAUUUUGGUGACCAUGUGGGAAUGCAUACAGGAGAAAAGCUCUAUGAAUAUAAGGAAUGCCAUCAAAUCUUCAACCAGGGCCCAUCAUUCAGUGAACAUCCAAGACUUCAUAUUGGAGGAAACCAGUAUGAUUACAAAGAAUAUGAGAAUAUCUUUUACUUCUCAUCCUUUAUGGAACACCAGAAAAUCGGUACUGUUGAGAGAGCAUGUAAGUACAACGAAUGGGAGAAAGUCUUUGGGUACGAUGCGUUCCUUACACAGCACACGGGCACUUACACUGCAGAGCAACCCUACGAAUAUAAUGAGUGUGGGACGUCUUUCAUCUGGAGCUCCUACCUUAUCCAACAUAAGAAAACUCAUACUGGAGAGAAACCCUACGAAUGUGAUAAAUGUGGAAAAGUUUUUCGGAAUCGUUCGGCCCUUACUAAACAUGAACGGACUCACACUGGAAUAAAACCCUACGAAUGUAAUAAAUGUGGAAAAGCCUUCAGCUGGAAUUCUCAUCUUAUUGUACACAAGAGAAUUCAUACGGGGGAGAAACCUUACGUGUGUAACGAGUGCGGAAAGUCUUUUAACUGGAACUCCCAUCUCCUCGGGCACCAGAGGACUCACACUGGAGAGAAGCCGUUCGAGUGUACCGAGUGUGGGAAGUCUUUCAGCUGGAGCUCGCAUCUCAUUGCCCAUAUGCGAAUGCAUACCGGAGAGAAGCCCUUUAAAUGUGACGAGUGUGAAAAAGCUUUUAGGGAUUACUCAGCCCUCAGUAAACACGAGAGAACUCACUCUGGAGCAAAACCAUACAAGUGUACCGAGUGUGGGAAAUCCUUCAGCUGGAGCUCCCACCUUAUUGCCCACCAGAGAACUCACACGGGAGAGAAGCCCUAUAACUGUCAGGAAUGCGGCAAAGCCUUUAGAGAGCGUUCAGCCCUCACUAAACAUGAAAUAAUUCAUUCUGGAAUUAAGCCCUAUGAAUGUAAUAAAUGCGGCAAAUCCUGCAGCCAGAUGGCUCACCUCGUUAGACAUCAGAGGACUCACACUGGAGAAAAGCCCUAUGAGUGCAACAAAUGUGGAAAGUCCUUCAGCCAGAGCUGUCACCUUGUCGCGCAUCGGAGAAUCCACACUGGCGAGAAGCCCUACAAAUGCACCCAGUGUGAACGGUCCUUUAACUGUAGUUCUCAUCUCAUUGCGCACCGGAGAACUCAUACUGGAGAGAAGCCAUACAGGUGCAACGAGUGUGGGAAAGCAUUUAACGAGAGCUCUUCCCUUAUCGUGCACCUGAGGAACCACACUGGAGAAAAGCCCUACAAGUGCAACCACUGCGAGAAAGCCUUCUGUAAGAACUCCUCGCUCAUCAUUCACCAGAGAAUGCACAGCGGAGAGAAGCGCUUCAUCUGCAGCGACUGCGGGAAGGCCUUCAGCGGCCACUCAGCCCUGCUGCAGCACCAGAGGAACCACAGUGAAGAGAAGCUCUGUGCGUUGAAUUGAUGCGAGAUGCUCCUUUUACUGUACAUGUGAUAACACAUUCGGAAGCCCUCUAAGCCUAAUCAAGAGGGGCGUUUUCAGUAAGACUUGACCCCUCACUAAUCAGUAGAAGUUUCCUUUGUAGAAGAAACCUGUGAAUGAAAAGAACAGGCAGUGGCCUUCCACCAGGCCUUAUUCUUACUUAAAAGCAAACAGUUGCAGAGAACAAGUCCCCAGACUCCCCUCAUGACUUGCGGAGGUCCUGCCUGAGGAGCACGGACGUAGGGAGUGAGACGCCGGCUAGUGAGAGAUCUCUGCCCCUUGUGGGUCAGAGUGUGCUGUUAAGGGAGGAACUUUCUCCUAGGGAGCGUUUCAACUAGAAAUGCACUGUUUUGUGUCAGGCUGCGGUAUUGGAUGGAAGCAUCACAAUAACGUUUUGUCAUUAUGGAAACAGAUUUUCCUCUGAAAAGGGGUAGGUUCUGGGUGCCCUUUAGCGAAUAGAAUAUGGAAAACUAAAUCUGAAUUUAAGAAAAAAUAAUAUUGAAUGGGAUGUUUACUGAUGAUCAAGAUUAACCUUAGAAAAGCUUAGUGGAUGAGAUUACUAAUGAUGGAAAUGUCAUUGCCCAGAAGGAUGAAACUGAUGCUGUUGAAACAGGAGGUGGUGCUUCGUAGCUCACUGUGUCAGUGUCCUCGGUUUGUGACUCACUCCUUCGUUGCUGGACAGGUAGUUUGUCAUUUGUUCCAGGCAAUCACUGUGAGUUAUGAUUAUGGACGCUGCAUCAGUAUCCGUGACACGAAGGAAUAAAAAGGACACAAAAUUGUUUAUAAAUAUCUACUAUAACAUCCAAAAAGUGUAUAUGGAAAAGGGCUGGAAAGACCCAUGGAUAAAUUAACCCAGUUAAUUUAAGAUUUUUUUAAAGUUUUACAAACACAGCACUUACCAUGUGCUAGGCUUUGUUUUAAAUGCUCUUCAAAUAUUAACUUGUUUGGUCCCCUUAGUUCUCUGAGAUAGGUACUGUCACUAUCCCAGCUUUGCAAAUGGAGCAACCGAGGCAGAGAUGAUGAGAAACCUAGCUAGGGACACCCAGUAAGGAGUGGAGCUGAGAUCGUUUGGCUCCAGAGCUCAUGUUUUAACCACUAUGUUAUGCUGCCUCUGCAGUGAUUUUUUUUUCCCCUAAUGUUUUUUUAAAAAAAAAAAAAUUUGUUCAGUGUUUCUAUAGUAGAUAUUUGAUAAUAAAAAUCAAAUUCCUAAACAAUGUGAAAUAAA